UCCAAGAGCAAUGGAUCUCAAAGUGAUCUGUGUGCUCUCUGUCAUCCUUGUCGUAGCCCUCAGCACCUUGGCAGAGGGAAAGAUACCACCAACAAGAUGCCAGUGUAAAAUGGCCCUCAAGGAGCGGAGGAACUGCGGCUAUCCGGGAAUCUCAGAGGUGGAGUGCAGGAAAGCUGGGUGCUGCUUCAACGACUCAGUCCCCGGCACGCCCUGGUGCUUUGCUCCUAAACCGAAGAAAGUUAGGAAAGUAUGUCCCAACGAUCCUCACGGCAGGAUAAACUGCGGCUUCCCUGGCAUCACGGCUCAGGAGUGUGAAAAGAAGGGGUGCUGCUUCAACACACAACCCGCCGGUGUCCCCUGGUGCUUCUACCACCGCGUGGUGGAGGAAGAGUGCUAA